CAAGCGCUGGACUAGUAUUGGCGUUUGGCGCGCAUUGCCCUCGACCGCAUAUCUUCAGUGUUCUGGAGAAAUUCAAGCUGUGCACAAUGGUGAAAGAUCGGCUGCCAGAGCUGAGAGAGAAAUGCUUGCUAACCGAUGGAGAGUUUGAAUUGGAUCAAAAAUAUGAGAAGACUACGUUGCUCAAUCAGAAACAAAUUAUUUCUGAUUUGAAUUAUUUUGGAGAAAUUUUCAGCCUCAUCAACGACCUCAGGAGAAACAUCCGCGAAAUUGAGACCCAAAUCAACGGUCACGAAUCGUUCAAAGAUGACGCAAAAAUGGCGGAGAAUGCGAAUCUCUGCUUCCGGAUAUUCUCGGCCGUUAAGGGACUGCAGGCGGAAAUGGAUAAGCAGGCGGGAAGUCCUGAAGUGGACGAGCUCGUGAGGGAAGUGCGUCGCGUGCAGUUUGAAGGUGUUCAGAGUGCCUACAUCGAGGCGUAUUGGGAGUACGAUGAGAUCGUGCGGAGGUACGAGGAGGAGGUGAAGGCGAAAGUGGCGAGCAAAACAGUCUCCUUAGAAGUCAUAAACGAACAACCCACCGAAGCUCAGCAAGACGACGCACAACAUGACGACCAGCAUGGCGAGCCCACCCAGCUUCAAGUCCAACUCCCCUCAGACGACUCCAUCGAACAGGUGGAGCAAGUUCUGGACCAACUGGUCGAUCGAAGCCAAGAGCUUGCCGCACUCGAGGAGUCCCUGCUAACCAUGAGGAACCUAUUCGUUUUGUUCUCCACACUGAUUAUGGAGCACGGAAGCAUCCUAAAUCUGGCGGAGGGAAAUGUCCAAGUGGCCUCGGAACACGUGGCCGCUGCCGUGGUGGAACUGAAGGAGGCCCGGAAGUAUUACCGGAGGACGAACAGUUGCCGAUGUUGGUGCAUUGACAUGAUGACGAUUUUGAUGGCGAUCCUAGGGCUGUUGACGGCCAUCUUGUGCUGGAUGAUUGUGAAGAAGUUCCUAUUAAAGUUUAAUUGA